GGCGAGAGGGAGAAGGGGAAGCCGGAAGGGGCGCGAGUGAAGCCUGGGGGAGAAGACAGCUCCCGAGAAGGAGAGGGGUGCGCGUGCGCCCGCCUCUCCCCCCUAACUCUCGCCUGGUCCCUGCUGUCCUCUCUUACGGCCAGGUGACACCUAGGCCCGGUCCGCCGCCCACUGCCUGGGUGGCUAGCAGCGCGCGCCCUGCCCUCGCGAUUGGCGCCGGCCGCCCCUCCCCCUCGUCCAGUCCGUCCCGUCGCGUCCCGUCCCUUCGGGUGCCGCCGGCCGGGUGCCGAUGCGCGUCGGCUGCAGCGGGGCUUUUUUCUGACUCCUGGUCCCUUCCCCGGCUGCCCUUCCCGCCGCGUCGCGGGGCCGGCCGCAUCUCCGGCCCCAGGAUGCAGAAUGUGAUUAACACGGUGAAGGGAAAAGCACUGGAAGUGGCUGAGUACCUGACCCCGGUCCUCAAGGAAUCAAAGUUUAAGGAAACAGGUGUUAUCACCCCAGAAGAGUUUGUGGCAGCUGGGGAUCACUUAGUCCACCACUGUCCAACAUGGCAAUGGGCUACCGGGGAAGAAUUGAAAGUGAAGGCAUACCUACCAACAGGCAAACAAUUUUUGGUCACCAAAAAUGUGCCAUGCUACAAGCGGUGCAAACAGAUGGAAUAUUCAGAUGAAUUGGAAGCUAUCAUUGAAGAAGAUGAUGGUGAUGGGGGAUGGGUAGAUACUUAUCAUAACACAGGUAUUGCAGGAAUAACCGAAGCAGUUAAGGAGAUUACAUUGGAAAGCAAGGACAGUAUAAAACUUCAAGAUUGCGCAGCAAUAUGUGAGGAGGAGGAAGAAGAAGAUGAAGGAGAAGCUGCAGAUAUGGAAGAAUAUGAAGAAAGUGGAUUGUUGGAAACAGAUGAGGCUACCCUAGACACAAGGAAAAUAGUAGAAGCUUGUAAAACUAAAACUGAUGCUGGAGGUGAAGAUGCUAUUUUGCAAACAAGAACUUAUGACCUUUAUAUCACUUAUGAUAAAUAUUACCAGACACCACGAUUAUGGUUGUUCGGCUAUGAUGAGCAAAGGCAGCCUUUAACAGUUGAACACAUGUAUGAAGACAUCAGUCAAGAUCAUGUGAAGAAAACAGUGACCAUUGAAAAUCACCCUCAUCUCCCACCACCUCCAAUGUGUUCAGUUCACCCAUGCAGGCAUGCUGAGGUGAUGAAGAAAAUCAUUGAGACUGUUGCAGAAGGAGGAGGAGAACUUGGUGUUCAUAUGUAUCCUUACCUAUAUUUGGUUCCUAGGAUUUUCUUUUCCUCUUUGGGAAAUACUGGUACAGUGUUAGUGCCACAGUACCAAUAACUUGUUUUAGCCCCUCAUAAUGGAAGUCUUAGUACAAGUCUUUAUUUGGGAAAUGUUACAUUGUGAUACUUCUGCUUUGUUAGUUGGUUAGCACAUGUCCCUGUGUGCACCAGUCAGCUCUGCCUCGUUACAGAGCCUCAGGUCAGUAUGUGCUUUUCUAGGCAGCAGCUUGCCAGUUCUUUUGUUUGUCCAAGAGGCAAUGGCUAAGAGUAUUUGAAUAUAAAACCUUUGCUCUUGAUGGAAAAGAAACUCAGUGGGCAUAAUUUAUUGAUGAAAGAAGAGUAACCUACUAAUUUAGAAGAUAACACAUGAGUAUCUUUUCCCUAAGUAUAUUUCCAAUUUAACUGUUAACAAAAAAUGUGCUUCCCUCAGGUAAAAGUAAACUUAGGUUGUGUCAUUCUAAGGUCUCUGAAGCAAAGAAUUCAGUUUAACAGAUAGGUUAAUUAAAAAGUAAAACACACAAAGUAUAUUUCAGAUAUUCUUAAAAUACAGUUUUCUCCAGAUAAAAGCACCCUUCUCACAUCUUACUAUGAUUUUCCUACUUUCUCUGUGGUUGACAAGAGGAAACUAAAUCAUCUGUUGGAUAUCGAAGUACAUAUACCUAUAGCAUGGAUUCAUCAAAAGCAGCCAAAAUCGGUGAUUUAGAUGCCAAAUAAUUUGAAUUAAUUUGGUGCUAGAUUGAUGUUACAUUUGCUUGUUCAUGCCACUCAGUGUUAGAUGUAGACUGUGAGGGGUCACCCCUCUCUUGGAAUUACAGAUAAACUAAAUUGCUAAUAAAGGGGGUUCCUCAGAGGACAUAUUUGACAUUAAAAGAAACCAAGAACUUUUGGUCCAAACCAGAUUUACUCCUGAAACUGUGUGAUGCAUAACUUGAGCAUUCAUUUCUGUAGUGGAGGGGCUAGGUAGCAACUUGGAAGAUACUGUAGCUACAAUGGACUCUUUCUAAUAAAAUCCUGAUUUUUUUUCCGUGUUCCACAGUACUUGGAAAUCUUAAGAGUUUAAUGUUUAUUGGGGGCAUUGAUGAGUCAUUAUUAAACACAGAGUUUUCCAAGUUUAUGUACAUAAACUAACUUAGAAUCAGUCCUUACAGAUGGUUUCUGCUUAAUUUUUUUCUUUUGCUUCAGU